UAGCGAGGUAGCGCUAGGCUGUGCUGGUGCUGUCACUGUGCAAGCAGCAGCUAAAAGAUGCAAACAGCUAGGGCUGUGCACAAUUUAGAGGUGCCUGGAAGCUAACGUUAGUAACCUUAUAUGUUUAACGUUAAUUCAGAGGGGGAAGCCUGUGUUUCUGCACGACACGGACGCUAGCAGAAAUGGCCGGAAUUAUUAAAAAGCAAAUUUUGAAACAUUUGUCAAGGUUCACCAAGAAUCUGUCCCCGGACAAGAUCAAUGUGAGUACGUUGAAGGGGGAGGGGCAGCUGUCCAACCUCGAGCUUGAUGAAGAGGUUCUGCAGAACAUGCUGGACCUGCCUACCUGGCUGGCUGUCACCCGGGUCUACUGCAACAAAGCUGCCAUCAGGAUACAAUGGACAAAGUUGAAAACAAGCCCCAUCUGUCUGUUCUUGGAUAAGGUAGAGGUAGAAAUGAGGACAUGUGAGGAGCCACGUCCACCUAAUGGCCCCUCUCCUAUAGCUAUUACAGCAGGCCAGAGCGAGUACGGCUUUGCAGAGAAAGUGGUGGAGGGCAUGUCUGUCAGGAUCAACUCCAUAACCAUCAAGGUGCAGGCGCGUGCCUUCCACGCCUCCUUCGAGCUCUGGCAGUUACAAGGCAACAGCCUCAACCCCAAAUGGCAACGCACUGACCUCCGCUACACUCGUGUCACCGACCCAAAGAGAGGAGAGGUGUUGACAUUCAAAGAAAUAAACUGGCAGAGUCUACGAAUCGAGGCAGAUGCCAUGGAGAGUGACGACCAGGACCUCAGUAGCACCCCAUUACGUCUAAUCACCAACCAGGGUCGCAUUCGCAUCGCUCUAAAACGCAGAAUAAAGGACUGUAAUGUGCUGGCGUCCAAGCUGCUUUUCAUUCUGGACGACCUGUUGUGGGUGCUGACGGACUCUCAGCUCAAAGCCAUCAUACAUUACGCCAAAUCUCUCAGCGAGGCCAUGGAGAAGUCUGCCCAGCAGAGGAAGAGCAGCACUGCUGAAUCCCUACAGACUGCUCCUCCAUCGCCUGGCCUCCACAACCUUUGGACAGAGCCCCCACCUGCCCCCACUGGCACCCCCAGCAACGCCAGUCAAUACUUUGAUCUCUAUGAUGUCAAGGAGUCUUCUUACCACACCUUCAUAUCCCGGUUGGACUUACACAUAUGCAACGACAAUUCUUCAAUGGAUGAAGAUGACGCUCCCCCACCAGGCUUGCAAGGUGCCAUGCAGUUGACAUUCAGGAAGCUGGGUUUCGACUACUAUCCUGUCCACAGGCCUGCUGAUGGAUGUCGACACUGGGAACGCCACAGUGGAGCCAUGGAGGCUCAGGCCCAGUGGGCUGGGAAACUGCUGCAGGAGUACCAGAGGAGAGUAGAGGCUUCUGGGUUUCCUGGGCCACAUACUGAGGGGCCCCCGCCAACCAAGGACUCUACUGCAAAGACAGUGCAAGAUGGACAGUCUAGUCCCAAGUCCAGCCCCUCUGACACAGAGCAGGCAUCCAGCAGGAACUCUGUCACAGCUCCUUCACGGUCAUCACUGAAGAGGCUGCGGUCUAGCUGUGUGGUGGUCAGGAUGGAUGAUGUGGACAUUCACCAGGUGUCUACCAGAGGCCGUCAAAACAAGAAGACCCGCUCUUUAAUAUCCUGCAACCGUAAAGCUCUGCGUUUGCCAGACAACAUACCAGCAGUUCAUCUGCAGUUCACUGAAUACUACUUUCCUGACAACCCCAGUUUUUCAGUGCCCACCUCAAACCUGUAUGGCCAGCUGAAUGGCCUCCAGCUCUGUGUAGACCCAGCCAGCGUGCUGUGGGUCAAUCUGUUUUCCCGGGGUUUGCUGCACACCCUGGACCAGGUCAAAGCUUUCUACCAUUUGCAAGACAGCAACAGGGCUGAAGAGCAUGUGGACAUCCGCAUGGAUGCAGCUCAGCUCAAGUUAAUAAUCCCCUUGGAUUUUUCCAUAUUGGACCAUCCGGAACGUCCACAGUCACUCUCUGUUACUGUACCCCAGAUGGUUCUCAGCAACACCCGCCUCUGCCCUCAUGGCUCCAGAGCUGACCUCAGUAGCACCAUUGACAAGUUCGCCAGCUGCCCUUUCUUCCAGCACACACCUCCAUGCCCCUACCCCAGAGACCAGAGUGCCUUCCACCCCAUCCCCUCCACCUUCCUCCAGCACUCUCAAGAGACAGCGCCCCAACCUCUGGACAGAAAGCAGCUACGAUCACAGGAUGUCUGGUCUCUCAGUCUGUCCCGUGCGACCCUAGGUUUUGACGGAGCUCGGCGAUUCCCCAAAGGCAGAACCCAACCUUUUGUUGAGCCCUUUGCGAUGUCUGUGUGGAUGUGUCAGCCCUCUGCCUUUAAAAAUGGAUCAUUGUCUUCCUCCUCUAGUCCCAGCAGAGCCCGCCAGCCAUCUUCAGAGCAGGAAGAGGCUUCGCUCGCUUCUAUCCACUUCUUGGCUCACACCAUCACUCCAGUGAAGCUGUGGCUCAACCACUACCAGUAUGUUGCCCUGCUGAGGAUGAAGGAUGCCAUGGCUCGGUUGGGGGCAGAGUUGGGCAGGGAUCUACGAGAUGUUAAGCAGGCUCACGGCCAGAAGACAAGACCUGCUACAGUUAGCCUUGCCCUUCUGGUGGACUCUGCAGAAUUGGGUCUCCUGUUGCCACCAGUGUGCACAGAUCCAGAGGAAGAAAUUCCCCACACCCCAGAGACAGACAGCCCCAGCAUAACAGACUCUGACAUCUCCCCGACUCAUCACUCGGCAGUCCUGGAGAACAGUGAGUUAGAAAAUGGCAUCUCCUCCACCAAUACUGUCAAUGUGUUUGGUCAGGAUGAACAAGAUGGGGUGGUGGAGGAGGCAUGUGAGGCUGUGGAGGAGGGGUUGGAGGGGGAUGGUUUGACAACACAGGAGGACACAUCUGUCCUCUCCCCUCCACUCUCACCUGGACACUCCCCUGCCCUCUCCCGCGAACCCUCCAACUUUAGCCUGGAGGGAGAGCUGUCAAGCGCCAUCACUGUCACCAAGGAUGUGACCAAAGAUGCCAUUAGUGCCUCGCUGGACCUGACCAAAGGGGCGUUUUCAAUAACAAAGGAUGCCUUUAGCAUGCUGAGUCGUGGCUCAGGGAUGAGCAAAUUGUUUAGUCCGCAGGCAAAGGAACAGGUCCAGCGUUCAGAAGAGUCCUCCCCCUCUCUGGCUGCCAGCCUGCGCCACCAAUCCAUGAAGCAGUCGCCUUCCCAGCAUUCCUUUGAUAGUGCUAUCUUGGAUGGCAGCCUGCCUGACGAAUAUCUCUCUGUGGACAGUGAUGUCAGCGACAAUUUUGUUGUUCUCAUGGACUCAGAAUCAGGUAUGGAGUCCAUGCGGCCCAACAACACUCCUGCAGGCAGUCUAGGCAGCCCAGCCCCGGGGACAGAGGGAGGUUCAUUAGCGGACCUCAGCAGCUCUCUAUCCCAAAGUAUUGAGGACGUAUCUCAGGAUAUGUCCUCGGUGUUGCUGCUGAUCCUGAGUGGAACAGCUUGUACCGUGGAAGUAAAGGGAGAAGACCAAGUUGUGGCGGUAGAAGCCCAGAAUCUGAACCCUGUGCAGCUGGGCAAUAUCAGGGUGUCAGAUUUGCUGGCUGGCCUCGUACAAGCCCCAGUCGGACCAGUCCAGAAGCAAGGUACCAGGGGCUCUCCAGUAGUGUGCAUGCGAGCAGAAACGGGUCCCUCUGCGAUCCGACACUCUGCUCUAGCCGAGUCUUUGGGCUUCCUGGAUAUGAGAGUGCAAGACUGCAAGGCAGAGUUGUUAGCCUCCACAGUGGCUAACAUUGGUCCUUUUCUGGAAGACGAGUUCAGUGCUGACGGUCAGCCAAUGAAGUUACACAUGAGCAACAUCAGCAUCAUUAUGAAGGAUGACAGCCCUAAAAUCUACCCUACAGCCCCUCAAUCUGUCCCAGCCUCAUUCAUUGUAGAUCAGCUGCUCCUCGAGCGCUGUGACGAUGGCAUCAUGAGGCUCAAAGCUGAAGGUACAGACCCUAAAGCCUCGGCAGGUGUUCCUGUGGCUGGUCCGGACAACCCAAACCAUCCCUGCUCUGUUCAACAGCAGAGCCAGAGACAAACCUUGGAGUCCCAGCUCUCUGACGCCCUGGCUGCUCUCACCCAGGCCCUCAGUGACAGAGAACGCCUCCUCCUGGAAGUCAGGAAGCAUGACCCCACAUUUACUCUCUGAGCCUUAUCUGUCUUUCACCUCUGAACCUACAGCAUCACUGCUCCUGCUGAGGAACAGUGAUGGGAUGUAUCAGGCUGAAUGUCAGGAACCAGCAACACUCAAUAAAAAGCAUGUCUGGACUUUGGACAUGUUUGGAAAGAAAAUAAAUCCAAGGCUUUGUGGCUUUGGCUCACUUCCUACUAUAUCACACUGUUCAUUAGAUUACAAACGAGCCCCUGUAACAAUUCCUAGAAUGGGAAUCUAGUGAACUAAAGUAUAGGUACAACUUUUUAACUGGCAGUCUAGAUAUUCCUCACUGCUGUACUACUAUACACAGAUUAUCCUGUUUUGUUUUUUUUCUCGCCCAAAUCAGCGUACAGUAAACGUAUUGUGUGGUUUCAGUGUUUGACACACAGCAUGCAAGAGUAAAUAUCAUCAAGCUUUAAUUCUCUCCAGUUAACGAUUUGUGUUAACGGAAACAUUCAGUUGAGCACAAGCCAAAACCUCCUCUUCACAUGCACUGACACUGCCAGACAGCUGCUAGUCCAUGAGUCGCUCCCUCUAUAAAAACCCAAUUUAUGUUGAGCAUGCUUUGUGAACAGUGCUAGUUUACACGUAGCACAUUUACAGAUAGACUGUCAUAAAGCUAAAUAUACUUAGUAAUGUAGAUUACUUGUGUAAGACUUUUUUUAUUUUUAUUUUUUUCCUUCUUCAUUUAAAAGUAUUAUGACAAUAUUAUCAGCUGUUUGUUGAAAAUGUGUUGUGAAAGGUAGGGGGAAACAUUGCACUUUUUUUUUUAUUUUAUUUUUUAAGGAAACCGAACACUGCUUUCACUGAGAGGUGGGCACAUUUCCACCUUGCUUUAUCACCAAGGUGGAACGGUCACACACUGAAGUUCUCAGAAAGCAGGUUGAAUCAUUCCCCAGUGUUACUAGUCUUUGAGUUGUGAAAAGUUGAUCAUGCUUCUUUUGUACUGUGAAACAGUGUGCUCUGUGGUCGAAUGUCGGCUCAAGACGACUCGCCUCUUGGUCUCUCCCUCGGCUGUGGAGAGCAGGGUGCACAGUAGCUUCAGUAUUGUAACUGGGUUAGUCUUUUUACUCUAACACUCUGGUUUAAAGAGGUUUGGGAUUACACCAGCUACCAGAGUUAUAAUACUUGAUCUCCUUAAAACCUUUGUAGCUUGCCAGGAAACAAGUCAGACUGCUAGUGUUAUUACCUCUGUGCACAUUUGUCAUGUAAAGUAUAAUAGUCAUGAACUUAUUUGUAUAUUUAUUUAGAUUUUGCAAAGUGUUUUUUUUUGUUUUGUUAAACCAGUUACUUUACAGUGUACUGAAGCCAUAUCAAUCAAAGAAAUUUACAUUUAAAAAAUAAAUAAAUAACGUGGUACUGAUAUUGCAUGCACACAGUGUCAUGUAAACCAAAAUUCACUACACAAUCUGAGAUUUUUCAGGGUGUUUAAUCCUGAUCUGCUGCAGAUUUUAUCUAUCAGGCAAGUUGCCAGUUCAAAUUUCUGUCACUUUCCUUGUUCUAUGCAUAAAUCAUGCAUGGAUUCAAACAAUGAAUUUGUUCAUGAAAAAGUCCUGUCAGCUACAUUUUCAGUACAAAUGUUCUAUUGUUAAAUCAGUGGUUUAGCAUUUUGCCUGCGGAGGUAUGGUUAUCUAUUCCAGUGGUUGCAAAAGCUGUUACAGCCACCUUUCACCAUUCACCAUUUUCCCCAUGGUGUGCUUGGGAGACCCCUGGUGGCUAAGCUUGCAAGAGCAUUCCCCAUUCAAAAUGUUAUCUUUAUCUUUUCUUUCUUCACUUUGGUUGCCUUGCUAGCUAUGAAUGACAGAUUUACAUUUCUAAAUAGAAAUGUAAAAUAUUUAAGCAAUAGAAAGGCCGCUUUGGUUUAACCAAAAAACUGACAGAGCGGUAACACUACACAUUUUUUAUGUGGAAUUCUUCAAUUUAAUGAUUAUUAAUGUCAAAGAAAUGAUUCACCGCCCUACCAGUUUGUUUUCCCAUCAACUGCAUGUAUACUUAACACAUCCUAAUAUCAGUGUAAUAAAAUAGAGAUACUGCCCUUUAACCUCAGUGUAACUUAUAGUUGUGAUCUUAUCAGCUUUUGAUAUUUUUAUUUUUGCAUGGCCGUAGUAGACACAUAUACUAAAUUAAACUUCCUAUGCUGGAUGCAACAUGUAGCUGUAAGGUGUAUCCAGUUUCCCUCUCCUUUGUCAGGCCUCAAUAAGUAGCAUCCCUAUUCUGCUGACAAACUGGUGCUCUGCAUUCCAUCUGCUAAUGACCUGUGUUAAAUAACCAUGCAAAAAGGAAAUGAAGAGUGAAGCGAGAGUCACUUCAACCUGACGUGUUGCCACUGAAAGCAGAUGCAUGUACUGAGGUGAUGUUGCAUAGUUAAUGCCUCGUGAAUCACUUGCACUUGUGUGAUUAAUUCACUGGAAAUUGCACUUGUUUUGAUGUAAUUCAGUAUUUUUGUCAGUUGUGUAGUUACAUUGAAUUUUGUAUUGUCUUUAUCACUUCAUUGAGACUAAUAACAUUGGUUCUGUGAACCAAAGCUAGUAUGUUGAAAAUAUUUUAAAAGUAAAAUAAAUGAUUAAUUGCUGAACA